CUUCGUAUUUGAUUUACCUCACUGGGGCUUAUUUACCAAGAAUGAUAAACAGCAAGAUAAGAGAGGACAAGUUGGAAACGCUUGUUUCACGAAGCGCUGUGCCGAUCAUCGAUCUCGCCCAUUGCGGCAAGUCUCUUGUCAAUCGGGUGGGUCAGCAACUGCAUAAGGCUUUCACUGAAAAGGGAAUUGCUUUCCUGGUUAACCAUGGGAUAGCAGAGGACAAGAUCAAAGCUGUGUGGGAUCAAUUUGACAACUUCUUGGAUCUGCCAGCGGAGGUUCAGGAUCGCUACAGGCGAAGGGAUGGGGUUAAUUAUGGAUAUGUUAGUCCGGGAAUGGAGCGAUUUGAUGGAAGCACUCCAGAACUCCGCCACACCUACAAUAUUUGCAAGCUGGAUGAACAAAAUAUUCCAAGGGAGCCACUGCCGGAACUCGCAGAAGACAUUACGACCCUGUGCAAUGAUUUGAAGGCCAUGUCUUCGUUUAUUCUGAAGGCCAUGGAGGUGGCCCUGGAGAUUACCCCGUCCUUCUUUAUCAACAAUCACUCACAGAUGUUGGAGGGAGAUGAUGUCAAUAUGAGUACCCUUAGGAUGCUUUACUAUCCGGCGAUUGUGGACGAUGAACCGGGUCAGAGUGAGGGUGCCAUUCGUUGUGGCGCCCAUGUGGACUACGGCACCUUUACCCUCCUCGCCCAGGACUCUGAAGGUGGCUUGGAGGUGCAACUGCCGGGCAGCGAGAAAUGGGAACGAGUGGGCCAUCUACCUGGAGCUAUACUCAUUAACGGCGGGGAACUACUGUCCAUAUGGACAAAGCAGCGUUACCAUGCCCUGCCUCAUCGCGUCGUUAUACCCGAACAAGAUUAUAUACGAACUCGCGGCAGACAUUCCAUUGCCUAUUUUUGCCAUCCCAAUAAUACGACCCUAAUAUCUCCCAACGAUAUCUUGGGUGAAGACAACAAACAGAGUGAAGACAAAGUAUACACUGCCUAUGAACUGAUACAGAAAAAGUUUAAUGACACCUACGGUCAGCGAUCUCAAUAAAUCAACGAAUCUGGGGCAAGCGAUUAUUGCAGCUGUAGACACAUGCCAAAGUCAUUAGGAAUUGUAAACAAACUACAAUUUUUGAACAAUGUA